UGACAGAGACGGCCAUUUUAGUGCUGCGGCUGCGGCUGCGGGGGUCAUAGGGACAUCGGACAGCGCGGCGGAAAGUAUGAUGCUCUCUCGGUUGGCGUUGCGCGCCCUGGCCCCGGCCGGCCUGAAGAGCUCGGUGGCGCUGCCCUCCCUGUCGCCGGGCAUGAUUCAGAUAUCAAGAUCACUUCACACAAGUCAACAGCACUUGGCUCCAGUGCCAUCUCGUCCAGAAACAGGAGGAAAAGUCCGCCAUGGAAUAAUCCCUGAAGAAUUUUUCCAGUUUUUAUAUCCUAAAACAGGAGUCACAGGUCCGUAUAUGCUUGCAACUGGGCUGACGCUCUACCUCCUGUCUAAGGAAAUUUAUGUAGUGAAUCAUGAAACAGUAGGUGGUGCCAUGGUUUUGGGUAUAAUAAUCUAUGGAGUUAAGAAGUAUGGUCCUAGUGUAGCAGCUUUUGCUGACAAACUGAUGGAGGAAGAACUUGCUCGUUACGAAAACUUAAAAAAAGCUUACAUAGCUAGAUGUGAGAAGGGAAUUGAGAAUGAGAAGAAACAGCAGUGGAGAGCUGAGGGUCACCACUAUCUCUUUGAUGCCAAGCGGAACAAUAUUGCUAUGAUCUUGGAGACCAACUAUAGAGAAAGGCUUCUCGCUGUAUCCAGGGAGGUGAAGAAGAAGCUAGACUAUCAAGUUGCAUUACAGCAGCUCAAGCGGCGUAUGGAACGAGAUCACAUGAUCAGCUGGGUAGAGAAAAGUGUUUGGCAGAGUGUUACAGCCCAAGAGGAGAAGGAGAGCAUUGCCAAAUGCAUUUUGGACCUGAAAGCGCUGUCAAAGACUGCACGAGCAUCUCUUUAAGCCGAACACUAAAUUGUAACUUCCAAAAUUGUACAAUUUCUAUUCUUAAUUAAAACAUAUGUAUCUUAG